AGUUUGAGCCUUUGAGCUUGCCGUCGCCGCCACAGGACGUCCUCACUGUAUGAAGCGCUGCAGUAGUACCCCGUAUUUCGCACACUGGAUUAAAUUUUAUUUAUUACAGAAUUAAAAGAGCAACAUUUAAGCUAUAUUUUUGUUAGUAAGGAGGCGUUUGAAGACAGUUGGGGUAACGUCUGUAAUGUUGUGAGAGCAGUAAUUAAGCUAACGUUUGUAAGAAACACACAGGCGGCGGCGCCUUGUAGCGUUAGCCCUUUUUCAUUUACCUCUCUAAUGGUCUGAAGGUUUUCCUCCACAAUGAUGAACUAUUCCGACUACGACUCUGACGGAUAUUCGUCUAAUGAAGAUGCAGACUACGUCCCGUCAGAUGAUAACCUCAGCGAGGAUGACAUCAAUGAGUGUGAAAAGGAAGAGCCUCUCCACGAGGGUGAUGAUGUGCCGCACCCUGACAACGGCAGCAAGAAGAAGAGGAAGAAAAAGGACAUCGGUGUGAGAAAGAGGAAGAAAGGUGUUCUGAAAGUAGACGGGGAAGAGAAGGACGGCGGUGGAGCGGAUGAGGCGCAGUCGGCUCAGGACGAGGUGCAACCAAAACUCCCCGGGGGACGGCAGGAGGACGAUGAAAGCCAGAAGAAGAAAUCCGAUGACCUCUGGGCCAGUUUCCUGUCUGACGUUGGAUCCAGACCCAAAGACCCCCCACCUGCCUCGCAGUCCAGCGCCACACCAAAGGAUGAUUCCUCAGUAUUGAAGGUUGCUCCUUUGAGUUCAGAAACAAAAGCAUCAGAACCGGCUAAAGUCACCAUCACACAAGUGUUUGACUUCGCUGGAGAAGAAGUUAGGGUGAAAAAAGUGGUGUCAGCAGACUCCAGAGAAGCUAAGAGUUAUCUGAAGAGUCAGAACACCAAACAGGAGGGAAGUGGAGACGAGACGGAGGAGGCCUCAUCACCCCGACAACCACCUCCUCCUGGCCCCAGCACCAAGCGGCCGGCAGGCGUGUCGGGCAUCCUGGGUCGCAUCGGGGCGAAGAAACAGAAGAUGAGCACACUGGAGAAGUCUAAGAUGGACUGGGAUGCCUUUAAAUCAGAGGAGGGCAUCACUGAGGAGCUGGCCAUCCACAACAGAGGCAGAGAGGGGUAUGUGGAGCGGAAGAACUUCUUGGAGCGUGUCGACCACCGCCAGUUUGAGUUAGAAAAAGCAGUGCGACAGAGCAACGUGAAACAAUGACACAGACUGUCGGCACACACACACACACACACACACACACACACACACACACACA